GAUAUGAUACAGAAGCAGCAGAAACAGGUAACAAAUGAUCAAGAGGGUGACGAUGAUCAAGUGCAGGCUGCGAUUUUAACGGCGCCGUUAUCUUUGGAUUAUAGUACUAGUUGUUAUGAUCAGUCAAAUUUUGGUGGUAAUAAUAAUAGUAAUAAAUCACCGCCGAAUUUGUUACAGCGUGUGUUUAGUUUGUUGAAGAAUGUACGCCCUGGCUCUGACCUUACCACAUUCACGUUGCCACCUAUCUUCAACAUUCCCAAAUCACAGCUUCAAUGUUAUGGGGAAUCAGUAUAUAGUGUUAACAAUGACAUUCUUAGUAGAUGUGCCAAUGGUGGGAGCUCGCUCGAGAGAUUCACAUCGGUUGUUGCCUGGAGCAUCUCUACUUUACGCCCUCUCAUGUUUGGUGUGGCUCCCUACAAUCCCAUCCUUGGAGAGACUCACCAUGUUUCAAGAGGCAAUCUAAAUGUACUACUCGAACAGGUUUCACAUCAUCCGCCAGUGAGUGCUCUCCAUGCUACUAAUGAGAUAGACAACAUCGAGAUGACCUGGUGUCAAUAUGCAAUUCCAAAGUUCUGUGGUACCUUUAUUGAAGCUCAGGUGCUCGGAAGAAGACAACUGAAGUUCCUGAACUUGGGCGAAUCUUAUGUGAUGAACUCCCCAAAUCUUGUUAUAAAGUUCCUUCCAGUGCCUGAUGUGGAGUGGUUGGGAAAUGUCACAAUUCAAUGCCAAGAAACUGACCUUGAAGCACAACUGUGCUUUAAAGGCAAUUCUUUCUUUGGCAAACGAGGAAAUUACAGGUCUAUCAGAGGAAAGAUUGUAUCUAUACAAACUAUGAAAACUAUUUAUGAGAUCAAAGGUCAUUGGGAUAGGACUGUGACAAUUAAGGAUGUCAAAACGGGAAAACAGUCGGUCAUUUAUAACGCAAAGGAUGUGAUUUCAGCCAUGAAAACACCAACUGUCAAGGAUGCAAAGGGAUUGCAGGCGAGUGAGUCUGCUGUCGUAUGGGCAAAAGUUAAUGAAGGUAUUAUGAACAAAUCAUGGGAUAAAGCAAAUGAUGCAAAGACUGCCAUUGAAGAGAAGGAGAGAAAACUGGCAAGAAUUAGGAGGUCGAAAGGUGAAACUUGGGUUCCAAAGCAUUUUGUAUUAUCCAAUUGUAAAGAAACUGGUGAGUGGGACUGGGAGGUUACACCCAAAAAUAUAAAGGUACCUCCAGCUCCCAUAGUCGUCCCACUUUGAUCAUCUAACUUGCAUCAUCUUUGUCAACAGCUAGGUGCAUAACAUAUCUGUUCAUAUAUAUAUGGGCAUUUGUUUGUGUUGUA